UUGCCUGUCCUGGUGCAAGGGGGUGAUUCAUAUGAAAGAUACACAAACUAUUUAUUCUGCUGCAAAAUGAAGAAAAUGUAGUGUUUUCAUCUCAAGAUACCAGGAUGACCAUCAGAGAUACCGCAGCGUUGCUCUGUGUCUGGCUGAUAUUCAUUCCGAGCAAUGUUUACGUGUAUUCUGCUAAUUCUGGGAACCAGAAUGAGGGCCUUUCUUACACCUUUAGUUGUAGCUCCGGUUACUUUAUAGACAUGACAAGUGGGACGUAUUACACAUGUUCUUCAUCUAGCGUGAACGUAUUGUCGACGCUGCAGCUCCAUCUCGAUGGGCAUACCUCGAAAGCGUUAACUAUCAGCGACACUCUGUUCGGAACUACUUCAGACAGCUGUACGGCUUACUUAAAUGCAGAAUGGCAAUGUGGCCGCAAUGGAGGCUGGUCUAACUGGGGAACAUGGAGUGACUGUCCGGUUAUUUGCGGAGGUGGUGUAUCCAUAUCUAGGACACGCGCGUGUGACAACCCUUCGUUCGUUUCCCCAGGGUCCUACUGUAGUGGUGAUGCUACAGAAACACAGUACUGUAACACACACACUUGUGACGAUGAUGCCCAGUUAGACACCCAUCGUGGGCCCUGGACAUUGGUGUACAAGGCCCCCGCGGGUACGACGGUGUCAGGAUACAGCGAUUACUACACACACUUCAUUGACAGCACUUCGUCUAGCACACUCAAUGAUGGAAGUGUGUCGGUCAUGCGCGACUUCAGUUCCGGCGGAAGUGCGUUCAAAUCUUCAAAGUUGCUUCAAUGGAAGUCUGGCAUAACCAUAUCCGCCGUACGACUGUCAGUAUUCAAAAGUGGAAAAGAAGUAGCCUACGUGAUAUUUGAUGCACUCGGGAAAGGGAAAUUGGACUGGUUCAACUGCGAUAACAUAAUCGGCUCCAGCUACACAGACAUAGCAACCUACUCAGAAAAUUACUGUGGACUUUCACCGUGGGAUUCCAACUACAAGAGAAACUUUUUCAUCAAUGGCUACGGAACCGGAUGUACAACUAUGUAUGGGUGGAUAGUGCUGAAGGAUUUUAACUCUGUGUCCGGCUGUACUGAGUGGGACCCAUCUACAACGAGUAGUCCAUAUAUAAAAUAUUCCACGAGCACAACACUACAAAAUUUUUAUUCCGGUUCAGUUAGCAAUGGUGACAGCUUGGCUAUAUUCAUCAUGGAAUGGCACAUGGUGUUCAAAGGAGUGCAAGGUGUGACCCCGACAGCAGGGUCACUGGUUGACCUCUGGACGGGUUCGACCGUGGAGAAUGAUAACGACGACUCGAAAACCACCAUCACCACGUCACCCGGCAGUACCGUCAAGUCAAGUCUGGUGGAGGACUGGGAAGGAUACUUUACCUUGAUCGAUAUGGUGAAGUACGCCUAUUUCACGAGUGGAGACGAAAAGGCCUAUGUUGUGUUUGAUGGGCGGGGCACGACCAAGAUCACAUGGUUUGCUGAUGGGAAGGAAAUAUAUUCCAGUUACAGUGAUGUCACCACCGAUACACCAACCACCAGUGGAAUAGCAGGUGACACAUACCGGAAGUUUGCUCUUAUCAGAACUAGUAGUUCCUGUUCCGGUUUUUAUGCGUGGAUGAUGGUUCUAGACGUUGGAAAAAGUGUACUGUGCUCUUUUGAUAACAACGUCCAGACUCGCCCCUACUUUUUAUACAGCAGUACCACCACAGACCGUUUAGCUGAGUCAGGUAGUUCAUGGGACUCAUCUGGUUUUCCAGCUGCGGAUACACUUGGGAUUUUUGUGAAAGGUUUUUACCCUGUGAUGAAGUGGGCAAGAGGCCAAUCGAUUUCACCCGCUAGCAGUGUCUACGACCUUUGGACCGGGACCUACACUUUAAAUGAAUUUACAACCUCUGCUCAUUCGUUUGCGGCCUCCACGUCUACGUAUAAAUCAAGCCUCGUAGACAGCUGGUCAAGCUAUUAUUUCACGGCGGUACGCGUGUCAAUGUAUACCAGCGGUGUGGAAACGGCCUACGUAGUAUUCGAUGCUCACGGAUCUGACAAAUCAUCGUGGUUUGAUUGUGACAGAAUCCUGUACACGAACUUCCAGGAUCUUAAUAGGCGGACAAGCUCACUAGUGUACUGUAGUAUAGCCGGAGAUACCUCGGCAUCAAGACGGUUCUUCAUCGAGUAUACUUACAGCAGUUGUGGUACAGCCGGCGGAUGGAUAGGCGUAUUUGAAGGCUCCAGUUGUUCUUAUGACAAUAAAGCUACAUCGCCAUUCGCGAUGUAUAGUGACGCAUCGCCUGCUAGAUACGAAUACAAUGACAAUAUGGCUAUUGCAGACGUCUUUGUCAUAUCCGUAGCAAUGGACGAUUUCUGUGACUUCAGUCCUUGUCAGAAUGGCGGCACGUGUUACCACAGAGGGGUGAAGUAUGAAUGCGUCUGUGAUGGAGCUUACUAUGGACUGGACUGCGCAGAUCUUGACGGUAACUUCACAACUUGGACGGAUUGGAAUACGUGUAGUACUACGUGCUACGCAUGGGGAACACAGAGCAGGACCAGGACAUGUACUAAUCCGACACCAGCGGGUCCGAACGGCCAGGGUUGUACGGGAGACACAUCAGAGACUCAAGGAUGUAUUCCUAAUUUGGCCACAUGUCCCGUGUACAAUACGGGGGACAUCCAAGUCGAUUUGUCCUACACAAUGGUUUGUCAGUCCGGACUUUACAUAUUCGUCUCGAGCGCCUUCUAUGGGUAUAGUACUACGUGCUUCGAUACGGAUCCCCUUUCUGACGUCAGAGUAGCGUGUCACGGACAAGCUACUAACUGUACUAUAACUUUUAACGACGCCACCUUCGGAGGAAACCCGUGUUCAUCAUACUCGGUUACAAAAUACGGAUAUGCAACAAUGUACUGUGUCGAAUCGUUGAUGUUAUCAACAUUCCAGGGCCCUUGGAGGCUGGUGUUCAAAUCUCCAACCGGAACAGCGCCACCUUCUGGUCAUGCCGAUGUAGCCUCGUUUUACCUGUCGUCCGAUACAGUUAAUGACGGCACUGAGAGUGUGAUGACUGACUUCUCGUCAGGAGGUUCUAUGUACAAGUCAGCCUUGUUGAACGAGUGGGGAGUCAACCGGACGUUUUCAGCUGUUCGAUACUCGGUUUACAAGAAUGAUGAAGAGGUUGCGUACAUCGUGUACAACGGGCAGGGGACAAGCAAGGACACAUGGAUGAACUGUGACAAUAUCCUGUAUUCAAGUUACACGGAUAUAAAAACAGUUUCUAAGAACUACUGUGAUAUCAAAUAUACAGACACGACGACAUUUAAGCAUAGUUUCUACGUUAGCUCCACACACGGUGUGUGUAAUGCCUAUGCAGGAUGGGUUUUCAUCAAAGACUAUGGAUCGACUACAGGCUGCUCUGCCUGGGCACCGUACGAUGGUUCCAGGACGGAGCCCUAUGUUGUGUACUCAACUGCAAGCACGUUAACACAAUGGAGUUCAGGAAAUGUUGGUUAUGCAGACGCAAUUGGUAUAUUUGUCCAAGACUGGCAUAUGGUAUUCAAGGGUGUUGAUGGCGUCACUCCUUCGGCUGGUAACCUAGAAACCCUGUGGGAGGGAACUACCACAGAAUACAAUGGCGACGAGACAGUCAAGACAAUUAAUAACAUCCCAGCCGUCUCGUACAAAUCGGCUGUGGUGGAGGAUUGGGCAAGCAACUGGACAAUCAUUGACCAGGUGAAGUAUUCGUUUUUCAAAUCUGGCGAAGAAGAAGCCCAUGUAGUGUUUGAUGGUAUAAACACGAACAAAAAUACAUGGAUGGAUCCUGCAAACGUUCUGUUUUCUCUUGAGUUUGGAAGCACCGUCAAUGCCACGACAGCAAGUAUAUCUGGUGAUGGAACAAGAUCCUUUGCUGUGAUAGAGGAGAGCGGUACGUGUGCCGCUCUGUCUGCAUGGAUGUUAGUUUUAGAUGAUGCAUCCGGAAGCACCACUUGCUCAUUUGAUAACAAUGUCCGAACACGGCCUUACUUCUUGUAUAGCAACAGUGGGGAUGCAGGUCACCCCGAAUCCAGUUCAUCCUGGGACAGUGUCAAUUUCCCAUACGCUGACACACUUGGCAUCUUCAUAAUAGGUUGGUUCCCUGUGAUGAAAGUUGCUUACGGAGAAAGUGUGAGUCCGGCUACUGGUAUAUACAAUCUUUGGACGGGUACCUACACGCUGAAUGAAUACGACUUUGCCGCAUAUUCCAUGUCUACAGGGACGUUAUCCUACAAAUCAAGUAUCGUUGAUAGCUGGGCGUCUAUUUACAAACAGGCGGUUCGAGUUGCAUUUUCCGUAGGAGGCGAAGAGAAAGCAUACGUAGUGUUUGAUGCGCACUCAUCUACGAAAACAUCAUGGUUUAAUUGUGACAGAAUUUUAUAUACAUCUUACGCAGACCUGACCAGAGACACGACGGUACUGCACUGCUCUGUAGCCGGAAACAAUAACCGGCACUUUUUCAUAGAGGAGACAUAUGGCUCAGGCUGUGACGGUAACUUCGGAUGGUUUGGAAUCAUAGAGGGCAGUACCUGCUCCUACGAUUCAAAAGGAACGACUCCAUUUCCCUUAUAUAGCGAUGCAGGAUUUUCUGAAGCAAACGAUGAUAUGGUCGUUCCUGAAGUAUUUUCGAUUUCAAUCGCCCGGGACAACAUGUGCGGUCUGGUCACGUGCUUGAACGGCGGCACGUGUUAUGACUGGGGAGCACGAUUUGAAUGUGUUUGCGCCGGCGAUUACUACGGUGGAGCGUGUCAGAACUUGAAUGGAGGAUGGACAAGUUGGUCGGCAUGGACAGACUGUAGCACCACUUGCUACGCCCAUGGAACGCAGACACGCGAAAGAAAUUGUACCAACCCAACAACAGCUGGAGAUGGCGUCUACUGCAUAGGAUACAGCAAUCAGACAGAAUUUUGUAUCCCAGACAACUUAGAUAUCUGUUCACAAUAUUCCACAGGCGAUAUAGCUGAGGGUGACAAUUACACCAUGGUCUGCCCAACUCACUCUCUGUUCUAUAUCCAUAUAUACGAUGCUUCCUAUGGCAACGUUGGGCAGCCAUGUCUUACUUCUGAUCCAGUCAGUAUCAUGCGUACGGCCUGUCAUGGCAGCACAACAAGCUGUAACGUAAUAUUCAACGAUGCCACGUUUGGGGGCGAUCCAUGUUCUUCUUACCCUUCAUUAGCAAAAAGUGGAUACAUCACUUACUUCUGUGCAAAAAGCCGGCCGUUAGACGAGGCUAGAGGGCCCUGGAGUCUCGUAUUCAAAGCUCCACGAGGCACAGCCCCGCCCUCUGGUCAUGCUGAUAUCAUGUCGCUAUAUACUGCCAGUGGUCCUUAUAACGAGGAUGUAACGGCUGCCAUGACAGAUUUCUCUGCAUCAGGUUCUCUCUACAAGUCGGCUAAAUUAGACCAGUGGGGUUCAAAUUUGACGGUGACUACUGUAAAAGUAGCCAUUUACACAGGCGGAACAGAAUCGGCCCAUGUGAUUUUUGAUGCAACUGGAAAAGGGAAGGACGACUGGUUUGAUUGUACUAAGAUAAUUGACUCCAGCUGGAAUGAUAUUGAAACUGGAAAUAAGACCUGCACAUUAAACUCUGGCGACACUUACAAAAGGAUAUUUCACAUCAGUAGCGACUAUGCUGGAUGUUCUGAUGAAACGGGGUGGUUCAUGUUUAAAGACUACGGAGCCUCAAGCGGUUGUUCGUUAUCAGACGCUACCAGUACUGCCAUGCCAUACAUGCUGUACUCCACUCUCGGGCUGCGCACUGUAUGGUCAUCUGCCAGCAAAGCAACAGGGGACUGUCUGGCUAUAUUUGUUAUGGAUUGGCACAUGGUAUUCAAGGCAGUUGCUGGUGAUACCAGCCCAGGUAGCCUGGAGACAUUGUGGGGUGGGACUACGUUAUUAAAUGAUGGACUUGAAUCUGCUACCUCUAUCACCAACACUCCAGCAAGUGGAUACAAAUCCAGUGCCGUAGAAGCAUGGUCAGACGACUUCACCUUCAUCGAUAUGGUGAAAUAUGCAUACUUUACUGGCGGAGUAGAAAAGGCAUGGAUUGUAUUCGACGGCGUUGGCACCUCGAAGACGACUUGGUUCCAAGAGAGCAAAAUCCUGUUUUCUAGCUAUACUGAUAUCGGGACCGCUGGUAAAACAACCGUCAGUGUAACCGGGGACGGGAUACGCUCGUUUGCUGUCAUUGAUACGUAUCCUAACUGUGACGGUCUCAUGGCGUGGAUGAUGGUAUCUGACUUCAGUAGUUCAACCAACUGCGCUUUUGACAGCGCAACAACCAAGCCGUACUUCAUCUAUAGUAGCACGGAUGUCCAAGGCUCACCACAGUCAGGAUCUUCAUAUGACAGUGCUGCUUUCCCUCAAGCUGAUGUGAUGGGUAUUUUUAUCCACGGUUGGUUCCCUGUUAUGAAGGUUUCUAAGGACUUUGGAGUAUCUCCAGCUUCCGGUAUAUACGAUCUGUGGACAAACACAUACACCGUGAACGAAUACAACGACAGCCUAAACGCCUUCUCCUUCGCCGCCAAUACAAUGACUUAUAAGUCAAGAAUCCCGGAUUCCUGGGCCAGCUACUACAUCAGAGCAGUAAGGCUUUCCUUCAUUACCUCUGGGAUAGAAAGGGCUUAUGUGGUUUUUGAUGCCCAUGGCUCAUCAAAAACCUCCUGGUUGUCUUGUGACAGGAUUUUGUAUUCCUCUUGGACGGAUCUGAACCGUGAAGGUACCAAGGACAGAUGUACUAUGAUCGGAGACGCCUCCGCCACGACCUACUUCUCGCUAUUAUCGAAUUACGGGAAGGGAUCGUGUUCUACACAAAGUGGCUGGUUCACUGUAAUUGACAGCAACGCCGGGAGUUGUACGUGGGAGUCCAAGGACUCAACUUACCCCCAUGUGGUGUACAGCGACACAACAACCGUCGAGCUGAAUACAGGAUUUGCUGUAGCGGACGUAUUUGCAAUAUCUAUAUCAAUGGACAACAUUUGUGACAUAGUGACGUGUGAAAAUGGUGCCACGUGCUUGGACUGGGGUGGACGUUACUCAUGUUCCUGUGAUGGCGACCACUAUGGUCAUCUCUGUCAGAACAUAAAUGGCAACUACACUGCUUGGUCGGACUGGACGGACUGCAGUACCACGUGCUACGCUCAGGGAGUACAUACAAGAAAUCGGACAUGUACAACCCCGACACCACUCGGUAUUGGGCUGGACUGCACUGGCAUGGGUCCAGCUGAUGAGCUCGAAUUAUGCAUUCCGACUCAUCUAGACAUCUGUGAUGAAUACAACACUGGCGACGUACCAGAGAACACUGCCUAUACCAUGGUUUGUCCUGCUGACUUUUAUAUACAUGUGUAUGCGGCGUUCUUUGGCAAUGGCGCUACAUGUUCUGACGCCACAGCAUUAGCGGACGCUCAAACAGCUUGCCAUCAACAAACGGACUCCUGUGUGCUGACAUUUAGUAACACUACGUUUGGUUCUGACCCAUGUUCAGGACACGGUGUUUCAAAUUAUGGGUCUGCAACAAUGUAUUGCGCAAAACAUCAACAGUUGGAGGAUUGGCGAGGCCCGUGGCGACUGGUGUUCAAAGUUCCAAAAGGCGCUUCUGUACCAGCGGGAUAUGCUGACGUGAACGCUUUGUAUAGCGCCAGCGGCUCUUACAAUGAAGAUGAUACAUCGGCUAAGACUGACUUUAGCGCCUCUGGCAGUAUCUAUAAAUCCGCACUGCUGGACCAGUGGGGAGACAAUCUCACCGUUAAUUCCAUGCGACUGUCAGUUUUCAAGGAUGGAUCUGAAAAAGCCUACAUUGUGUUUGAUACAUCACAGACAACAAAGUCUAACUGGUUUGACUGCAGUAAGAUUAUUGACUCAAGCUAUCAUGACAUCGUCGAUGGCAACACAACAUGUACAUUAAAUGAUGGAGGCACGGGGAAAAGAACAUUCUACAUCAGUAGUGACUAUUCCGGGUGUACUAACGAGACAGGUUGGAUCAUGAUGAAGGACUACGGAGCAAGCACAGGGUGUUCCGAGUGGGACUCGACCAGUAUCACCAGACCAUACAUCUACUUCUCGGGUCUCGGCACACGGGUCCAGUGGUCAACAGCGGACAAAGUGGAAGCUGAUUCUUUUGCACUUUUUAUUGUCGAGUGGCAUAUGGUAUUCAAGGCCAUUCAAGGUCUGGCGCCGACGACGUAUACCAACUUAGUUAACUUAUGGACGACCUCAAUCACAGAAAAUGAGUACGAUACCACCGUACAGUCCCUCACGAACUCGCCUAGUAAAGCCUUCAAAUCCGGUGUUGUCGACACCUGGUCGGACACCUUUACAUUUAUCGACAUGGUGAAAUACUCGCAUUUCUUAGGUGGAGUUGAAAAGGCUUGGGUUGUUUUUGAUGGCGUAGAUACCACUAAAACCACAUGGUUUGCAGAUAGCAAGAUCUUAUUCUCCAGCUAUAAGGACAUAAAGACUGGUGGGAAAUCCCGAGCAAGUGUUACAGGAGAUGGUAUGCGGUCAUUUUCCCUCAUCUAUACAGAAUCCACCUGUGAUUCAACUACAGCAUGGAUGUUUAUGCUUGACUAUGGCACAUCGUCUACCUGUAGAUUCGACACAGAGUCUAGAGUCGUCACCAAGCCGUAUUUUCUGUAUAGCAACACUGACUCUUACGGAAAUCCACAAGUCAGCAAUAAUUGGGACAGCGUGAACUUCCCCUACGCAGAUGUCAUGGGGAUAUUUAUCAAAGGAUGGUUCCCGGUCUUGAAAGUUGCCAAGGGAAUGGACAUCUCGCCUGCGACCGGAAUAUAUGAUCUCUGGACGAGUACUUACAUAUUAAACGAGUAUAACGAUACAAAUGAAGCGUUUUCAUUUGCCGCCGACACCAUGACUUACAAAUCGAGUAUAGUGGAUAAUUGGUCAAGUUAUUAUUUCCGCGCGGUACGUUUGUCGUUCUACACGGCAGGGUCAGAGGCUGGGUUUGUUGUAUUCGAUGCGCAUGGAUCGGACAAGACAUCUUGGUUUUCAUGUGACAGGAUACUCUACACAUCGUGGACUGACCUAAAUCGAUACGCGACAAAAGACUACUGUAGUGUGUCAGGAGACUCUGCAAAUAGCCGAUACUUUUUCCUCGAAAACUCGUUAGGAGCUUCCUGCGACGUUAGUAGGGGAUGGUUUGGAGUGAUGGAAGCAUCAUCUGGAAGUUGUACGUGGGAAACGAAAACAACACGACCUUAUGCAAUGUACAGCUCAGGAACCAAAAUGGAUACUAAUGCAGCCAUGAGUGUAGCAGACGUGUUUGCGAUAUCCGUAUCUAUGGACAACAUAUGUGAUAUCGUCACCUGCGAAAACGGCGCAACCUGCCUUGAUUGGGGCGUUACAUACCGGUGUCUCUGCGAAGAUGGCUUUUAUGGGUGGCUCUGCCAGAAUAUUGACGGUAAUUACACCACGUGGACGGACUGGGCUGACUGUAGUACAACAUGUUACGCUGCAGGUACUCAAUAUAGGACGCGCACAUGUACCAAUCCAACUCCUCUAGGGAUCGGGCAAGACUGCACCAGAUACGGUGAACCGUCACAGACCAUGAACUGUAUCCCAACCCAUCUUGAUGUCUGUUCUGAAUACAACACAGGAGACAUGUCUCAAGAAACAUCCUAUAUAAUGGUUUGCCCGAGUGAUUUCUACAUACAUGUGUAUGCAGCAUAUUAUGGAGACGGCACAUUAUGCUCUGACGCUAAUGCUCUAGCUGACGUUAGGACAGUCUGCCAUUUGCAGACAGAUCAAUGCAAUGUGACAUUUUCUGAUACAUUUUUCUCUGGCAAUCCGUGUACUGCGUAUCCUGGAGCGGUUGUCGCUGGAAGUGCUAAAUUCUACUGUGCUAAGAGCCGUGAACGUGAUAAUUUAAGAGGACCGUGGCGACUGGUAUUCAAGGCACCCAGCGGUACAGCCCCGCCGGCUGGCUACGCGGACAUCAUGGCUUUGUAUGAUGCAUCGGGCGCAUACAAUGAGUUCGAAACAGCAGCAAUGACUGACUUCAGUGCAGGCGGAACCAUCUAUAAAUCUAUAAUAUUAGACAACUGGGGAGUCAACACAACUGUCAGCGCAGUAAAAUUAUCUGUAUUUGAUAACGGUCGGGAAGUACAGUAUGCUGUCUUCAACGCUAUAGGAAAAGAUAAAACGAACUGGUUUGAUUGUGACAACAUCGUAGAAUCUUCCUGGCACGAUUUGCCUGAUGGGAACAGGACCUGUACCAAAAGUACCGCCGACACGUGGAAAAGAAACUUUUACCUCCAGAGUGACUACCCUACCUGCACAAAUGAGACAGGGUGGUUCCUCUUCAAAGACUAUGGGGCGAGCUCCGGAUGUGCAGAGUGGGACGUCACGACAUCUCUACCAAAGAUUUUCUAUUCACAAACGCCUGAGCGCGUCGUAUGGUCUUCCGGAAAUAUGGCAACUGCAGAUGCAAUGGCAAUCUUUGUUAUGGACUGGCACAUGGUAUUUAAGGGUGUUGAAAGUGUGACACCUGCAGCUGGCAGCAUGGCCACCCUAUGGACUGGAGCGGACACGGAAAACGACAACGACAUAACUGCUACGACACUGACUAAGUCCCCGAACCUGGCUUACAAGUCUAGUCUACUGGAAAAUUGGGCCGAUCCAUUCACCUUCAUAGAUAUGGUGAAGUAUGCGUUCUUUACGGGAGGUGUUGAAAAAUCGUAUGUGGUCUUUGAUGGAAGAAGCACUUCAAAGACAUCCUGGUUCACGUCUUCGAAAAUCCUGUUUUCGAGUUACAGUGAUAUCAAGACUGCCAGUAUAGACCAUUGCAGCAUCACUAGCGAUACAAGACGGAAAUUCCUAAUAACCCAUGAUGUGACAACCUCGUGUGCCUCCUAUCAAAUGUGGAUGGCAACACUUGAUGUUGGGGGCUCUACUUACUGUAAUUUUGACAAUUACAUCGUUCUUGGUGCUUCAAGACCCAAUUUUCUGUACAGUUCCUCUGACCAGUACGCUUACCCACUCUCAAGCGGGACCUGGGAUAGUGCAAGUGUACCAAGAGCAGACGUCAUGGGCGUAUUUAUUAUAGGUUGGUACCCUCUAAUGAAAGUCGCCAAAGGGGUUGAUUUAUCGCCGGCUACCGGAGUUUACGAUCUGUGGACAGGCACAUACACACUGAAUGAAUACAACGACACAGAUACUGCUUUCUCAUUCGCAGCAUCAACAAUGCCUUUUAAGUCAAGUGUGGUGGAUAAUUGGUCCAGUUACUACUUCAAGGCGGUACGUGUGUCUUUCUAUGUGACUGGAGAGGAGAAAGCCUUCGUUGUAUUUGAUGCUCAUGGCACUGACAAGAACAGCUGGUUCAACUGUGAGAAAAUUCUUUAUACAUCAUGGCCAGAUGUUAAUCGAUACGCCAAUAGAGAUUACUGCAGCAUUGUCGGGGACAGUGCCAAAAAUAGGCGAAUGUUCAUGGCGUCCUCGUAUGGAGAUACAUGUUCGACAGACAGCGGCUGGUUCGGAGUAGUUGAAGACAGCACAACCACCUGUUCAUGGGAACAAAAAACCUCCAGACCAUUUGCCAUAUACAGUGACACAACGUCCCUUGAAAACUUUGAUGAUAUGGCCGUAGCAGAUGUGUUUGCAAUAUCUAUGUCUAAGGACUCGAUUUGCGACAUAGUGGAAUGUGAAAAUGGCGGCACGUGUUAUGAUUGGGGAGCUCGAUACCGCUGUUUCUGUGACGGAUAUUUUUACGGCUGGUUGUGUCAAAACUUGGACGGGAACUGGACAACUUGGACUGACUGGAGUGCGUGUAGUACGUCAUGCUACGCAAUAGGGACCCAGUACAGAUACCGUAACUGUACUGAACCAGCACCAGUUGGACACGGUCUGGACUGCGGUUAUCCUGACCUCGAGGUUCAGACCUGUGUACCAGAUCACGACGUCUGUCCCGAAUACAACACGGGUAAUCUCUUUGAAAGCAAGAACUACACCAUGAUUUGUCCUGUUGGUUUCUAUAUCUAUGUUGAUGAUGCAUAUUACGGCGACGGUACGAACUGUGCCACAACCGAUGCUAUAAAUAGACUGAGAGGAUACUGUCACGAACAGACAGACAGUUGUCAGUUUUUCUUCACGGACUCUUACUUUGGCGGGGAUCCUUGCGCAUCUUAUCCGAGUGCAGUCAAAUACGGAUACGCCAAGCUAAACUGUAUCAAACGUGAUAUACUGGAUUCCUAUCGCGGACCUUGGCGGCUUGUAUUUAAAGCACCAGCAGGCAAACAAGAAAGUGGAUAUACGGACGUAAAGGCGUAUUAUGACGCAACAGCUAGCUCUACAGAGUCAGAUGCGGAUGUUACAGAUAAGAGAGACUUUAGUACAUCAGCUGGUGUCUUCAAAUCUAAACACUUAGACGAAUGGGGCACAUCAGUAACAGCACAAGCGGUUCGGCUGUCAGUUUGGAAGAAUGGUAAGGAGGUCCACUAUGUCGUGUUUGACGCCUUCGGAAAGACUAAAUCUGAUUGGUUGGACUGCAGUAAAAUCUUGUACUCCAGCUGGCAUGAUCUUGAUGCUACACAAAAUGUCACAUGCCAAAUAAGAGAAGACAAUAUUAAAAAGAGAACGUUUUACCUGAGUCGAGGGGGAUACACCAGCUGUACAGACGAAAGCGGUUGGCUGAUGUAUAAAGACCUAGGUGCAAGCAGUGGCUGUUCUGAGUGGGAUCCUACAUCAGGUCUGCCGGCCAUCAAAUACUCUACAGCAACAGAACAUGUCACGUGGGCUACAGGGCCGACUGGAGAUGCUGACGCCUUAGCCAUUUACAUUAUGGAUUGGUUCAUGGCGUUCAAGGGCGUGCAGGGAGUAACAGCUUCAACCGGAAGUCUGAAGUCCCUGUGGGAGUCCGAAGAAACCGAAAAUUACCUCGACACUACCGCUAAAACUGUGUCAACAGCACCAGGUCUCACCUUCAAAUCAUCACUUCUGGAACUAUGGCUGGAAUCCUUCACUUUUAUUGAAAUGGUGAAAUACGGCUUUUAUUCUGGAGGAGCCGAGGUCGCAUUUGUCAUUUUUGAUGGUCGUGGUACGACGAAGGAUUCUUGGUUCAACUGUGCUAACAUCCUUUUCUCCAGUUAUGAUGAUAUCGUCUCACAGUCAAAGUCACAUUGCAGUAUACAAGGGGAUGACAUAAGGAAUUUUGCAAUCCUGAAGCAAGGCGGAACAAGUUGUGCUAACGUACAAGGUUGGAUGAUGUUGUCCGAAAACUCAACUGAACCCUGCGUAUUUGAUCGCGCAUCGAAUGUGGAGGCCAAUCCGUUUUUCCUGUACAGCAGCAGUAGCAUAUACAAUACCCCGCAGAAUGCUUUUACCUAUUACUCCGCAGGAAUGCCAGCUGCCGACACAAUGGGGGUGUUCGUAAAAGGUUGGUUCCCGGCAUUCCACAUUGCACAUGCCGGCGCUUUAUACUCGGCCAGUAGUAUUUAUGAUUUGUUUACGGGGACUUACAUAGUCAAUGAAUACAAUGAAACAGCAUUCUCCCUCGACACCUACGCUAUGACUUUUAAGUCCAGCGCAAUAGACGGAUGGGAUUCUCUUUAUAUACAGGCGGUACGAGUUUCAUUUUUCAAAAACAACGUAGAAGUCGCCUAUGUUGUAUUCGAUGGACAUGCCACAACAAAGACAAACUGGUUUGAUUGUGAUAGAAUUUUAUAUUCAUCAUACAGAGAUCUAACGCGAGAAACGCCAACAGAUUUCUGCAGCAUCGCUGGUGACACAAAUAGACGGUUUUUCCUUGAGGCAUCUUAUGGUCUCGACUGUGAUGCUAAUAGUGGAUGGUUCGGUGUAGUGGAAGGGGCAGGAACCUGUGGAUGGGAGACACUAGCCACGCCCCCAUUUUUCCUGUAUAGCGAUGCUAAUACAGUAGAGGAGAAUUCGGCAAUGGAAGUCGCGGAUUCUUUUGUCAUAUCAUUAGCGAUGGACAAUAUAUGCAGUACCGUCGAUUGUCUGUAUGGAGCCACGUGUGAUGACCAGGCAGGACGCUACGAUUGUAUAUGUGCCGGCGACUAUUAUGGUUGGCUGUGUCAACACUUGGAUGGUAACUGGACCGCCUGGUCAGACUGGGACACGUGCAGUACCACGUGCUAUGCAGAAGGUGGUCAGAACCGUUACCGAAACUGUACCAACCCCGCACCUGUCGGGGAUGGUCUGUACUGUCCUGGUGUCGAUAUAGAGUUUCAGUACUGCAUACCUGAUUUAUCCAUUUGUACAGAAUACAACACGGGUAACAUACAGGAGAAUGGCUGGUACCACAUGGUUUGCCCAUCCAGCUAUUACAUGUAUAUAGAUUCGAACUUUUACGGUUUUGAUAGCGAUGGGCCAAAUGAGUGUAGCGAUCCUAAUGCGUUUGACAUCCUGUUUGAUCAAUGCCACAAUGUUACUAACGGAAGCUGUAGGUUCUAUUAUGACGAGGUGAACUAUGACGACCCCUGCAACAAGACCUAUAGCCAGAUAACCAAUUACGGAUUCUCCUUAUUAUACUGUGCAAGAGAUGGGGUAUGGAACGCCUGGCAACCAUGGUCGUUCUGUUCCGUAACCUGUGGUGGUGGAACCCGGUACAGGGAACGUGUUUGCGACAACCCAGAACGAGUCUGGCCAGGGAAUGAUUGUCCAGAUGUCUAUAAUGACAGUAAACCCUGCAAACCGCAAGCUUGUCCUGUUUGUGGGGACCAUUAUGCUGGAUAUGACGAGCCUUCAAAUAUAACAGUAUUCAAUGACACUAGAGUGGGAAUGGGAUUUCUUUUACUUGACGUCAAUUGGGAUUUCCCCUGCUGUGAGGUUAUACAAGCUUUUGAGUUUGUGCCGAGAGUAGCAGGAGAAAUUUAUUUCCACAUAUGGCGAAAAUUUAGCAGUACAAAGUACGAACUUCUACACAAGACUAAUUAUACAGUGAAUGACACUGAAAUCGGAUCUGCCAUCAAUCAUUCCCUUCCGUUGAAGAAGAGGUUGUCAGUAAGACAGGGAGACUUCCUCGGCUGGUUUACUCCUGGGGAAAACAUGAUCAAGUACGCCGAAUGUUGUUGUGAAGGUUGUCCAAACCAGACUUGGGUAGCUCCUUUACCUGCAAACCUUGAUGAAGGCGAUAAAUACAGAUGGACGUCGCUUGGAACCAAGCUUUCCGAUGUUGCGUAUGCUAUACGUUUCUUCACAGCACCGAAUACCGUGCCGUAUGUGAACCAGACUUUAUAUGAUGCCCUGGUACCCGAUAAUACUCCUAUAGGGGGGAGCUGUAUUAACUACCACGUGACUGACGACGAUAUCGGGGACGGCGAUCUUCUCACUCAUUCCUUCGUUGAUACUACAGGACUAUUUGAGCUAAAUACGACUUUUCCUGGAAACAUCCACAUCCAGACAACAAAUGUCUUGCCAAGCACGUACUCGGUGUUUGAACUGGUGCUGAACACCGCAGACGACUGUCAAAACACCGCUACCACCACGCUGACGAUCAUGACCUACAAUGCGCCGCCUAUUUUUAUCAACCUACCGGACAGUAUAGAAGUGAGCGAGGCCCUGGUCGAGGAAGCCAUGCUGUUUGAGAUCGACGCUGUGGACCAAUCGGAGAACGACUCAGUUUGCUGUACACUAACAGAGGUUAUCCCGGGAUCACUCAACUUCCAGAUGAAAUUCAUUAACAACACAUACAGACUGUAUACAGUUGAAAACCCGGUGUUUAGCUACAAGGACAUAAGCGAUUACUAUAAGGUGUAUUUCUGCUGUUCCGACGACCACGGGAUUUCAACUCAGUUCCUCGAGAUUUUCAUGAUUGACGUGGAGGAAGUAAUAGCAUACGUGCCGCCAACUUGGUUUCUGACAGCCAUCAGUGUCAGUAUGGUUCCUGUGACUGUGACGUUUGUAUUUGCAUGUAUGGUGAUGUUAAACACCCUGUUUUGUGAUGCGGAAAUCGAGUAUUACUACGAAUAAUCGAGCAAUGCCUGAAGCCCUUAGUAUUUGGAAAUAUUUACAAACUGUUAAAUUUUGUUUCCGAUUAUUUAUGUUACAUAUAUUGAAAGUAAAACUGACAAUAUUGCAUGGUUGCUUAUGUCACAGCAAGUUUAGACCGUGACGCGUUAAAUAUUUGUGUGUUUUUAAAGGGUAUUAAGGUUUUGCUAUCUAUUCCAUUCAAAUAAGUGCAUCAUUUGUAUAUGUAUCUUCUUUCAUGUUUACUUAUUUCACAGCAAAUUUAGACCCUGACACGUUAAAUAUUUGUGUUUGUUGUUGUUUUGAAAAUAUUUAAAAGUUUUGCUUUCUAUUCCAUUUUAAUAAAUGCAUCAUUUUUAUAUGUAUCUUCUUAUAUGUAUAUCAGUUGCUCAUCACUUUUUUAAGACAAUGUAUUUAGGCCGUAUGGCUCGUCAAAUUGUUGAAUCUGUAGAUCGCUUGUUAGUUGCCUAUAUCUUGGAUAAUUCAAUACUAUAUCAGUUUUUUGUCAGCAUUAUAUGUAUGUUGUGUUUGAAUUGACACAUGUGUGAUAAUUUCAUAUCAUCGUAGCUGCCAUUCGAAUAUAAUCAAAUAGAGAAAUAUGUAUUUAACAACCACGCAAGAGAUACACGGACAUAGUCGUUAUAGAUAUGCAUGACAUGUAUUUAUAUACAGAACGUCAUGUUGUGAAUUAUUCAACAAGUUUUUAUAACCAGAUGGUAUUACCAGUGAUGGUGUUCUUAAGUCAGAUUUCCCGAUAUUUAAGUAGGUUGUUCGGCAGUUAUUUGAAGCAAGCAAGCACCUCUCUAAUGUCUUGCUUUAUUUAAGUUAAUAUCAUCUUAAUGUAUUAAUGUCAUUCAUGUACUAUUUACUCAUUAUUUGUGGUUUUAAUUAUCAUUAUCUAUAAAAUGUGUAUUGCUGAAUCUGUAAAGUUUUCCUACCCAUUGUAAUACAACUUUUGUUAAAAAUUGUAAUAGAAAGUAUUCUAUCUCCUAUUAAAUUGAUAUUAUAGUGCUUUAUGGUGAGAAAAAUACAAAAAUUGUAGAAUGUAAACUGAAUAGUGGGAAACGGGGUUUCCUAAUAAGGUAUUCUGAUAUGUAUUAAAGUCCUUUGCAUCAUUAUACUCAUAUACUUCCACUAGUGUAAUAAUAUAAUGUCUGCAAAUCUUAAUGAUAAAAAAUAUUCUAAACUUGUUCCGCUUUAAUUAGAUACAGAUUGUUUCGCGAUAUUUUACUUUAAGAUAUAUUCACAUCGGUUAAAACAGUAUUUAUAUAUUCAUGUUUCUAAGCUGGCAACUUCCUGCAUCCAACAAUAAGUUGUGAACCGCUUUGAGAUGACCUACGAACUAGGUUGUAAUAAAGUGGUAUAUAAUAACCUCGAAUUAUCAAUUAUUACUAUUACACAUAAACAUACGUAUAUGAGUAUAUUAUAUAUAAUAACGACAGUAUGUCCAAUAAGGGAACUGGAUCCGAACAAAUAGUGUAUCUUGUUAAGAUGAGUACGUGCCUUUUUCAAUGUAUUCGCUAGGUUUAUCUAUGUGAAAUAAACUUGCUGUCAAUAUACGUUUCAGAAUGUUGCUUUAAUCCAAGAUAACCUCAAAUAAGGUUAUUAGACUUUGUUUUCAUUGUUGAUAAUUGCUAUAUACUGAUAACAAAUGUGAUUGUUUCCUACGAUAAUCCUACACGGGUUUUACCUGAUUAUGUAUAUAAGUUGAUCCGAAUAGAUGGCUUUAGGAUACUUAUCCAUUAUGCCAAACAAUAUACGCCCAACAAUUGGAAUAACGUUGACUAGUACAAAAUAUCAUAUAUUUACACGUUCAUUUAUCUGUGCACCUGUUUUGUAUAUUGCAAUUGUAUUUGUGUUUGCAGAAAAUGUAUUUUGAACGUUAUCUGUGAUGAAAGUUGCUUUGUUAUUUAUGUACAAUUCCACCUUUUCUGACGUAUACCGGAAAACUUUCGCUCAGUCAAACUUUUGUCUUUCAUCGGUAUAAUCUAUAUUCUCCCAGUGCUGAUAUCGCCCUUCAUAUUCUGUUGCUAGUUUAUUUUUUUUAUCUUAAUCAACGUUCGAUGUAAUAAUACGUUAGCCCUGAUUGUUACAGCUAAAAGGCGAAAAUUGCAAUUGUUAAAAAGCAUUUACGUACAUUUGCACCAUAAUAUCGACUAACCUGAGAAUUGGAUUUCUGUGGCUUCAUUUGUUAUGUUACUAUUAGCAGGCUGUUGAAAUUACGAACCAGUAACAAACAUCCUCUCAUUUGAAACUACUCAACUGAGUAUGCUUCUUCCCUUACAAAAGGAUGAAUUUACGACACAAAUGUAACGACAAGCCAAUGUGAUACGAAACAUAAACAACAGGACAUGAAGAGGCAGGUAGCAAAAAUACAAAAAACAAAAACUUCAUCAUCCCCACAUCUCCUGCCCCUUACACCAUCAAAUCACCGCCCUUGAAACAUUACCUAAUGCAGACUUCCGUAUUUGUACAUAUGUUUUGGAAAUCUACGAUAUCUACUUUAAAUCACACAUUCUUUUAAACUUUUUGUGAAUGAAAGGAGAAGUUAUGGAAAUGGAGAACGUUAAUAAAGUGACAUAUUCCACAAUUAUAAUAAAGUCCCAUUAACAUUGCUCCCCGACCGAUGUAAAUUCUAGAUACAAAAAAGUUUCAAAUCACUAAUUGCAAAUUAUUGACAAUAUAAUGCGACUGACACUUUCUCUCCAGAACGCAAUCACUAAACCAGGUCAUUUAAGCGGCGAUAGUUAUUUUUGUCUUCUUGGUUAGUAAUAUGAUACAUAAUUGCUUAUGGCCAAAUAUGUCAAUAUGUAUACUAGACACAUGCUACAGAAAAACAUAUCAGUAAUGUUACCGAUUAAGUUCGUAAGAAGCUGUCGAAUGUAAAUACUACACACAAUGUUAUAAAAAUGAUCACCAUAAAAAGCUUGUGAGAUAACGCCCUCUCUACACUUAAAUGUAAUGGAUGUCCUAUAGAUACGUAUUUGACAAUAUAGAAUCAUUUAUUCCAUUUGUUUGUCUUUUUAAUUACAAUUCCUUUGUACAGCGUGGUACUUUGUCUAGUGUAGCCUGUGGGAUAUUGUUCACAAUAGGGACGAUCGGCUGCAGUUAUCACACCGAUCAGGCAAUUAAAACAUUAAAGGCUCAUUUAAAUAACUGUUUGUACCGCUACCACUGUCAGUGCGGCACAGUAGUAACUCGAUCAUCCUUGCAUCGAUAUGUGUUGGUUUGGUUUACUGUCCAUGGAUUAAUGCAACAACUUAAACCGCUGCCGUGAUGUAAUGUGUUAACGGUCAUCAUUAUGACUUCUGUAGAAAGGAAAACACUAGUGAUAUCACUUAUAUUCUCGUUAAUCUGUGAAGGGAUAUACGGUAUGUAUUAAUUACUACAUGUAUAUAUGGUUAUAUCUGUGCUACACUAAUCUAUCUGUGAUGAACUGUGGUUUUGAAAUCACUACAAGCCAUAACAAUGUUUGUUCAUAAGGUUUUUUAAAGAAAGUAUUGAAAUCACUCUUUUAUUGAAAAUUUUAAUAAUUGUAAGUGUUUUGCAGAAUUAACGAAAUUGUCGA